CGAAAGUAAUUUGAGCCAUGACGACAUCCUGUUCUUACAAAACCACUUUGUGGACAUUUGUACGAUCCAGAGCGAAGAUUUCAAGAAAAGCGACGAAAUAACGAAAUAACCGAAAAAAUACGAGCCCAGAGUGACGGUCUCAGGAUGGAGGUGGACGUGGAGCCUGGGAGCAGCUCUGAGACGACUCCGAGGAGGGACAGUGACCCUCACCUGACCCCGCCAGUAACAAUGGACAGUAAUAACACUGUCCAUGUUGUGUCUUUUAGGAAGACCAGACUAAGACCUGGUCCCAGCCUCGAGUCUCUGAAGAGCAACAUGUCCAAAGACUUUGGUUUAGACUUUAGAAGGACGCCCUUCCCAGAACCUGGUCCCAGCCUCGAGUCUCUGAAGAGCAACAUGUCCAAAGACUUCGGCUUAGACUUUAGAAGGAGGAUCAUCCCAGAACCUGGUCCCGUCUGUGAGUCUCUGAAGAGCGACAUGUCCAAAGACUUUGGUUUAGACUUUAAAAGGAGGAUCAUCCCAGAACCUGGUCCCAGCCUCGAGUCUCUGAAGAGCAACAUGUCCAAAGACUUUGGUUUAGACUUUAAAAGAGACGAUCUGGAGCAGAACAGAGGAAAUCUACAGACUCAGCAGGACGCGCAGGAGGAGGAAAUCACACGCUUGUUGACAAAGCUUAAUCCUGAGGAGAAGCACCGCAAAGAAGUUUUACAGAACACGUCCUUCGAGCUGGAGCCGCAGGGGAGCACAGUGGAGGAGUGCGGCGUCGACCUGAGGAGGCAUCUGCAGCGGAGGUUCAGCCGUGUGUUUGAGGGCGUGGCUAAAGCAGGAAGCCCUGCCCCCCUGAACCAGAUCUACACAGAUCUCUACAUCACAGAGGGAGGGACCGCAGGAGUCAACCAAGAACAUGAGGUCAUCAACAUCGAGAACUUCUCCAUGAAACCAGCAGAAACGACAAUCACAUGUGAAGACAUGUUUAAAGGGCCUCCUGACUCACAGGGGCCAAUCAGGACGGUGCUGACGAAGGGCGUGGCCGGCAUCGGGAAAACAGUGCUGACUCAGAAGUUGAGUCUGGACUGGGCUGAAGGCCGGGCCCACCAGGACCUCCAGCUGCUGUUCCCGUUCACUUUCAGAGAGCUCAAUGUGCUCAGAGACACACAGUUCAGCCUGGUGGAGCUGCUGCACCACUUCUUCAGUCCAUCCAAACAUCUCUGCAGCUUUGAAGACCUCCAGGUGCUCUUCAUCUUUGACGGUCUGGACGAGUGCAGACUUCCUCUGGACUUCAGCCAAACCCGAUUCCUGAGCGACCCCACAGAGUCCACCUCAGUGCACGUGCUGCUGGUGAACCUCAUCAGGGGGAGCCUGCUUCCCUCCGCUCGCCUCUGGAUAACCACGCGCCCCGCCGCGGCCAAUCAGAUCCCUGCAUGGUGCGUCUCCAUGGUGACAGAGGUCAGAGGGUUCACCGACCCACAGAAGGAGCAGUACUUAAGAAAGAGGUUCAGUGAUGAACAUAAGUCCACAGCCAUCAUCUCUCACAUCAAGAGCAUCCGCAGCCUCCACAUCAUGAGCCACCUGCCGAUCUUCUGCUGGAUCCUCUCCACAGUUCUACAGAAGCUUCUGGAACAAACAAAACCAGAGCUGCCCCAAACUCUCACACAGAUGUACGUCCACUUCCUGGUGGUGCAGGCCAAAGUCAAAAACAUCAAGUAUCACCAGGGAUCAGGGGAGGACCUUCACUGGACUCCAGAGACCAGGGAGAUGGUGAAGUCUCUGGGGAAACUGGCCUUUGAGCAGCUGCAGAAAGGAAACCUGAUCUUCUACGAGAGUGACCUGAGCGAGUGUGGGCUGGACGCUGCAGCGGCCUCAGUGUACUCCGGAGUGUUCACACAGAUCUUUAGAGAGGAGCCAGGCCUGUACCAGGACAAGGUCUACUGCUUCAUCCAUCUGAGUGUGCAGGAGUUUCUGGCGGCUCUUCACGUCCAUCAGACCUUCUUCAGCUCUGGAGUGAACCUUCUGUCCUCACCUCACUCCUCUGAGAGCCCAGACCCUGAGGCAGACUUCUACCGCUCUGCUGUGGACCAGACCUUACAGAGUCCAAACGGACACCUGGACCUGUUCCUGCGCUUCCUCCUGGGGCUGUCUCUGCCGACCAAUCAGAGGCUGCUGCAGGGUCUGCUGACUCACACAGGAAGUGACCGGACAAAUCAGGAGACAGUAAAGUACAUCAAACAGAAGCUGGAUGAAGAGGGUCUGUCUGCAGAGAGAAGAAUGAACCUGCUCCACUGUCUGAACGAGCUCAACGACCACAGUCUGGUGCAGGAGGUCCAGAGCUUCAUGAAAAACGGACGUCUUUCUCAUUACCAACUGUCUCCAGCUCAGUGGUCGGCUGUGUCCUUCUUCUUAUUGUGCUCUGAUCUGAGCGAGUUUGACCUGAAGCAAUAUCGUUCUUCUGAAACUGCUCUGCUGAAGCUGAUGCGGGUGGUCAAAGCCUCCACCAAAGCCAUUCUGUCCAGCUGUAACCUGACGGAGCUCAGCUGUGCUCCUCUGGCCUCAGUCCUCAGCUCCUCCAGUCUCACACAUCUGGAUCUCAGUAACAACGACCUCCAGGACUCAGGAGUGGAGCUGCUGUGUUCUGGGCUGAAGAGCGCCCCCUGCAGACUGGAGACGCUCAGUCUGUCUGGAUGUCUGGUGUCAGAGAGCGGCGGCGCUGCUCUGGCCUCAGCUCUGAGCUCCGUCCCGUCCCACCUCAGAGAGUUCGACCUGAGCUACAACCAUCCAGGACCCUCAGCAAAGCUCCUGAGCGCUCUACAGGACCAGCGCCCCCUGCUGUCUGUCAGGUUGGAUCCUGCAGGAGAACAGUGGAUGGUUCCGGGUCUGAGGAAGUAUUUGUGUGACGUGUCUUUGGAGCCUAACUCGGCUCACAGGAGACUCGUGGUGUCUGCAGACAGACUCACAGUGACACAUGAGGAGGACGAGGAGCAGGAGGAAGAGCAGAGUCCAGAUCAUGAGGACAGGUUCCUCCUCUGGCCUCAGGUCCGGAGCUCGUCUGGCCUGAGGGGGCGCUGUUUCUGGGAGGUGCAGUGGAGGGGCUGGGUGGACGUGGCAGUGACGUACAGACCCACAGGAGACACAGAGGAGAAGUUUGGACAGAGUCAUCAGUCCUGGAGUCUGAGGAUCAAGGACAGAAAGUUUUAUGUGUGUCACAACGACACAGAGAUCUUAGUCAUGUCCAACGGGAGCAACAUGUCCAGUCAGGAGGGCGUGUCCUCAGGCCGAGUGGGCGUGUCCUCAGGCCGAGUGGGCGUGUCCUCAGGCCGAGUGGGCGUGUCCUCAGGCCGAGUGGGCGUGUACCUGGACUCUGACGCUGGAUCCGUGUCUUUCUACCAGGUUUUCACUAACAACAAACUGUCUCACCUCCACACCUUCAGCAUCGCUCUGGACUCUGAGCUCCUGUUCCCCGGGUUUCACCUCUCGUACCCGGGGUCGUCUGUGAGGAUCUGCAGAUGAGAGAUCCUCCAGGAGAUUAGACUAGAUCAGCUUUGCACCACUAACCAUUUAAUAUCGCUCAUGAUUAUUACACGUACUAACAGCUGUAAGAAAGGAAGAGCCGGUGGCCGAGCGAAGCAGCACGGGGCCCCGGAACAAGUCUAGUGGUGGGUGAUGGGCCCUCAAAGUGUCACGAGUCGCUCCUCACAGCAACAACGUCCCAGGUUCACUUCUUGGGUCCAACUCCUGGUCAUGUGGGCCCUUCGUGUGUGCUGUGGGCCCUUCGUGUGUGCUGUGGGCCCUUCGUGUGUGCUGUGGGCCCUUAGGGCCCUUAGUACAAAUUGAAUGUAGGUGUCUGUGUGUAGAGUGAAGAGACAAGGCUGCUAAGAGCAGCGUUUGUGGUUUUUAGUUUGUGUUUGCUCAAAAUAUGUACAGAUCCAUCCCUGUUUAAAUCAGCUUUAAAUCCAGCAUCAGUCCCUGAGCUGCAGAGGCCGCACUAGCACUGACUCAGGAUCAGAUCAGAGGCAGUUUUGGUUUAAGGCCAAUGCUUUAUAAAACACAUAUUACACACAUGUAUUUAUUAUUUAACACUUAAUACUUUCACUACUACUACUACUACUACUAGUAAUAAUACUACUACUACUACUACGACUAUUAGAAAUGUAUAAUAAUGUAAAGAUGCAUUGGCCUUGUGUUUUUUUAGAAAACUUUGAGAAGAGUGAGUUCUGUGUUUUGGAAAUGGGAUUGUGACUUUUUUGUAUUUGUAGUUUUGUGAAACGGUGUUUUUUUGUGUGGCCUUCGUAAGUGACCGUGAGAACAGACAGACGUGCUGAGAGAAGGAAAAUCUGAGUUGAAAAUGGUUUUGUUUUUCCUGAGAGAACCAGGGGAGAGGGUCUUUUUUUUUUUUAAGUGCAAUUAAACUGUAUUAAUAAAUGGUUUGUAAAGAGCAAGAA